UCCCAAAGCGUAUUGACAAGAUCCUUUGAAGCAAGGCGUAGAGAACACUGCGUAAGUGAUGCUUUUUAAUCAAGAAAGAACUUAGCUGGAGCCUGCAGGCCUGGCGCUGAGCUAGGUUGGGUUGUGGGGCGCUCGGCUAGCAGGCUGGUCCAGCAGGGGACGCCCGAGCGCCUCACUGCAGCAUCCCGGCGGCGGAGCGCAGCGGCCGGCAGGAACUCGCGUCCUGCCGCAGUCUCUCGGCAGCUAGUCUGUGCGAGCGCAACGGAGGAGACCCCCGCCCGGGCACCACACUUGCAGCCGCGGUAACUCCCACCCGCGAUCGCCGCCCUCCGGCUCUCAAACGCCUCCCGCAGCCUGCGUGGGUCCGCGUGAGAGGGCUUCUCGGUCUCCGGGGCCGGAUUGCGAACUUGGAGAGGACCGCGGCUCUCUCCCCGGCCUGGAGAGUGAACAGGAUUGUGGACCCUUUCGUAACUGACAAUGACGCAGUGAGUCUAAAGGCUGCCACCGAAGCCAUCUGCUUACAUCCCGAGUCUGAACAGUAAAUCCUGUCACCAGCAACCAUGGCGAAGAGCGCGGAAGUCAAACUGGCCAUAUUUGGGAGAGCAGGUGUGGGCAAGUCAGCCAUUGUAGUGAGAUUUCUGACCAAACGAUUCAUCUGGGAAUAUGAUCCAACCCUCGAGUCAACCUACCGACACCAGGCAACCAUCGAUGAUGAAGUUGUUUCUAUGGAGAUCCUAGAUACCGCUGGUCAGGAAGACACCAUCCAGAGGGAAGGGCACAUGCGCUGGGGUGAAGGCUUCGUGCUGGUCUACGAUAUCACUGAUCGAGGGAGCUUUGAAGAAGUGCUGCCACUCAAGAACAUCUUAGAUGAAGUCAAAAAGCCCAAAAACGUAACUCUCAUCUUGGUCGGAAACAAAGCCGACUUGGACCACUCCAGACAAGUGAGUACCGAAGAAGGGGAGAAGCUGGCUACAGAACUGGCCUGUGCAUUUUACGAAUGCUCUGCCUGCACGGGAGAAGGGAACAUCACCGAGGUAUUCUAUGAGCUCUGUCGAGAGGUGCGCCGCAGGAGGAUGGUGCAGGGCAAGACGCGGCGACGCAGCUCCACCACACACGUCAAGCAAGCGAUUAACAAGAUGCUCACCAAAAUCAGUAGUUAGAAGCCCUGCCAAGAUGUGCUGAAAAUUGAGAAGUCUUUCCUGGCUCUUCUUUUGCCCUUCCAAACAUGAGCAAAAUAUUCCACUCUUAUUCUGACUUUGGGAAAUGUCGGGAUUUCUCAUGGUUCCUGGUCUGCUAUAUGCUGGGAAGUUCUCCAGUGUCCUCUCAGUCCUGAUGCUGUAACCGUCUCCCCCUUUCCUGCUUGCGUAGGAUCCGUGCUAAUAUAGUUUGAAAAUGUAACCACCAAAGAUACUGAAGUGGCGGGGUUCACGGAAGCUAAUUUUAGGCCUACCUGCCUUGCUUUAAUAAGUUGAAGUCUUUUCAAAGACGUUUUAAGAUUCUGUUUCUUAUGGAAUACUACAAAGGUCACCAUAAAAUUUUGUGGUGUCUAGUGAGAACUUGAGAAGGGUAGUUGCGUGAUUGGAACAGGAAUAGAACUCUAGUUCCCAUCUGAAGUAAGGACUUUAAAAAAAAUGUUAUCUUACUUACAUUGUACAGUUUUUCUUUAACCCUUUAUUUCAUUUUUAGGUUGAAAUGUUAUCACUGAUUUUUGUUCUGUAAUGUAAUUGCCCAUUUCAAUUCAAGUUGGUUCUCUCAAUGAUCUCUAUCUGUCCUUACACUCCCAAUUCUAUUAUAAUUUCCUUAACAACAACAACAACAACAACAAAACAAGACCCACAAUUCACAUCCUGCUGAUAAAAAAAAAAAAAAAAAAAAAAAACCAAGAGCAGGAAUCUUUGUACCAAAGCUUGACUUCGCUGCAUGUUAGUAGAGGAAUUAGAGUUAGAGACACCUGGUUUGUGUAUUACUCUAUUAACAGUAGCAGGAAGAUAAUCCUCUAAAUAAGACAAUUAUGAUGCCUAGUUAGUCCUCAUUGGAAACCAAGGCUGAAUCCCACGCAGGCAGCAGAGUCAACCUCUGAUUCAAUAAGUUGGCCACAUGCUUUCUUACCCUUUUAACCUUUGGCUAAGGUUAAUUCUCUUAGAAGAAUUGGGGAAAAGAAUGGGUGAUUCAAAUCAUUAUCCCUGAACGAGCAUAUACGUAAUGUGGAAGCUCAGCUGGUAAAAGGAACUCUGUGACUGCCAAGAGGUUAUGGCCCUUUUCUCCAUUUCCUGCCCCACAUAUUAAUAUUUGGGCACUUUAUUUUAGAAGAAAAUAUAUAUCUUUUACAUAUGUAUGUAUUUAUAUGUAUACAUAUAAGUGUGUAUAAAAUUUGUAAGCAUUGGAGGCUUUAAUUCACCAAUGUAUUUGAACAACCUGGUGUAACUGACUUCGUUUUAUGUGACUAUAAUAAAAAGUAUAAUUUUCAAAA